CUGCCAAAAGACCCGGGUACCUGUUCUUCCGUCGCCAUUCCUGUUCUUCUUUUUCUUCUUCUUCCUUCCAUUUCUCUCGCUGUCUCUUUCUCGUUGUCUCCCUCUACGAGAUGUCGUGGCUUAGGUCUGCCGUGAACAAGGCUGUCGAGGUCGGUGGGAAGAACACUCUCACUCGGACGGUGCGCAACUACGCCGACACAGUCGUUCACCACGCCGGACACGCCGUCGCUGAGGGUGCCAAGAUCCUCCAGGACAGAUUCGUUGCUCGAAAUUUUAGAAGUUUUAAGCAUACAGUUAAAAGGCUAGAAGAAGUUUCUGUUUCUUGUAGAGGGCCUGAAAGGGUGCAAUUACUGAAAAGAUGGUUGGUUGUGCUGAAAGAAAUUGAAAGUAUAUCUGAAAGUGCUGCUGAGACCACAGAAAAGGUCCCGGGAUCACCUCGUACUCUUGAUGACAUGGAACUUUCUCCAAGAAAGGCUUCUUUAAUACUGUUUUACGAUGCUGAUGUUGGUGGGGAACCGAUGACCUUUCGGGAUGUUUUUCUUCACAGUCAAGCGCUUGAAGGCAUUACACUGAACAUGAUUCUUGAAGCACCGACUGAUGAAGAAGUUAAUCUGUUGCUGGAGAUAUUUGCCCUUGCUCUUACGGGUGGAAAGGAAGUACAUAAUGCAAUUGUUAGUAGCAUACAGGACUUGGCAAAAUCUUUCUCAACCUAUGAUGAAGAAGUGCUGGUAAAGCGGGAGGAAUUGCUCCAAUUUGCACAAAGUGCUAUUACGGGGCUGAAGUUAAAUGCUGAUCUAACGAGGAUAGAUGCAGAAGCCUUGGUUUUAGAACAGAAACUCUAUAAGAAGAAUACAUCAGAAUCACCCUCAGCAGAAGAUACUGAAGAUGCAGCUGGUAGUAAGGCUCCUAUGUCUACCAAGGGUUUGAAAGAAGCACUGGAAGAUGUGCGGAUCUGUUCCACCUUGGAAGGUCUUCUGCUCAAGAAAAAACUGAUAAAUAUUGGAGAUUCAGCUGAGAUACAUUCUCAAAAGAUUGAUAAGUUGAAGAUCUUAUCUGAAUCUCUUGCAAGCUCAAUCAUGAAGGCAGAAAAACGCAUCUCUGACCAUAGGCACCAAAAAGAGGAGGCACUUAAGUUUCGUGUGGCUAAAGCUAAUGAAACAAAUGAAAUUGAGAAGGAACUGGAGGAAGAGGUUGCACAACUAGAAAAGCAACGGGACAAACUUGAGGCCGAACUGAAAAGGAUCAACAUCUCUUUGGCAGCUGCGCUUGCACGGCUGCGCAAUACUAGGGAGGAGAAGGAGCAAUUUGAUGAAGCAAACAAUCAGAUUAUUUCACAUUUGAAUACAAAGGAAGGGGAACUUUCAAGGUCUAUAGCUGCUUGUAAGACUGAAUCAGAUGUUGUUCGAACAUGGAUCAAUUUCUUGGAAGACACCUGGCUCCUCCAGUCAUCGUAUGCCGAGCAGAAGGAGAUAUCAACAAAGAACGAAUUGGACAAAACUGUGAAGCACUUCACUGGGUCGGUCCUCAAGUACUUACAUGAGUAUAAGGGAGAGUUGAAGCAUGCAAUUCUUGACAUACAGAGACAUAUUGAUGGCGUGAAUAAAUUCAGUGAGAGGCUAGCAGGAACUUCAUAUAGUGAAGCUGAAAGUUUAGAGAUAUCAAACCAGAGGAAGAAACUUCAAGCCGAGUAUUUGGAAUCUGAAGCAAUGAUCUUGACAACUUUCAGCGUAGUGGACAACAUGAGAGAACAUUUCUAUUCUCAACAUGGGAGCUCUCUCAGGCAAGAUGAUUCUGAAGUUAGAGAAGCCUUUGAUGCUCUUGAACACAUGAGGCGGGAUUUUGAGUCCAUCCAGAGGCCACCUAUAGAAUUUGACGAAACCUCCACAAAGAAGGGAACAAUGUCAUCUGCGGGAGGCCCAGAGAGCCCUUCUCAUGUCAAUGAACAAAAAAUUGAGGUUCCAUCUGCUGGAAUGGAAGAUGCUCCACCAUCUGUAACUGUAGCAUCUUACCAUGAGCAGACCGUAGAUCCUGAAUCAGAGCUGGCCAAACUAGAGUCAGAAUUUGGAAAGGUUAGUAAAGACUAUUCAGCUGAAGAAAUAGGAGGCUGGGAGUUUGAUGAACUUGAGCAGGAACUCAAUUCUGGUGAAGCUUCUGCGGGUAAAUAAGCCCAGAUAGGUUUAUAGAUGAUUUUCUGUAUCGAACCAUGGUGUAUGAUAUCUAUAAUAGGGUAGCCACUCUUGGAAUCAAGUUCCAGAAAGCGUUAUUUACCAAUUUUUUAUCUGCAGGAGGGGAAAAAUGCAGUUAAUUUGUUGAAUAUGUUGUAAUGAUUGUAUAAAUAAUUCUGCUUUUCUAUUCUUCAUGAUCCUGCAAGUGGAUGCAAUUGUGAAUA